AUGUUAACCUGGGUUGCGAUAUUAUUGUUCGUUCAUACUGCUAUCAGCGCCAAGAGAGAGUUGUUCAAGUCUUGUGCUGAAUCUGGCUUUUGUCACAGGAAUCGACAUUAUGCCCAUGAAGUUACAAAGUUGGGGGAUACUUUUGAAUCUCCCUAUUUUGUCCUUUCGGACUCUAUCGAUUGCAAUCAACUGUCUUGCACGGGUCAAAUCGUAAAACAAUUGAAAAAUACACAGAUAAUGCUCCCAUUUGAGGUUGAUAUCUUGGAGGAGAGUUUCAGGCUCAGAAUUGACGAACUACGAUCUGACACCCAUUUCCACAAAUUGAAUUCCUGUAGGUUUAGCGCAGCAAACCUCUCUAUGAUGCACGGGUCUGCAACAUCAUCCAAAAUAUCGUCAACAAUGAACGAUAAGUCAUUGCAAAUCUUUUUCAAUGAUUCUUCCGCAACUAUCAAUUUCAAACCUUUUAAAAUUACGAUAUUCUAUAAAGGAAAGCCUCAGGUAAUACUGAAUGACAAUAACCUUUUCAAUAUUGAACAUUACAGAAAAGAAGAAGAAAACUCUAUGUUUGAAUUUGAGUCGGAUUAUGAUUUGUUUCACGAUUCAUUUAAAGAUUCUAGGGCUGACUCACUACCGUUGGGGCCAGAAUCGAUAGGUUUAGAUAUCAAAUUGUUAAACAUGAGUCAUCUUUAUGGUAUUCCAGAACACUCUGAUCGUCUAUCAUUAGAAGACACCAGUCAAAGUGAUCCCUAUAGACUGUACAAUGUCGAUAUAUUUGAGUACGAACCAUAUUCCAAAUUACCAAUGUACGGAUCAAUUCCCUUUUUAAUAGGACUCAAUCCCGAAGUUUCUACAGGUGUAUUUUGGGUCAAUAGUGCAGAUACAUGGGUCGACAUUAACAAGAAAAAGGAUACGUAUACUCACUGGAUUUCUGAGAAUGGUAUUUUGGACUUGGUGAUAAUAGUUCGGCAGAAUCCUAAGGAAGUCUCGACUGUUUAUUCUUCGCUAACAGGAAGAGUACAAUUACCCAGCCAAUUUUCACUGGGAUAUCAUCAGUGCAGAUGGAAUUACAAUAGUGAAGAUGAUGUUCGUGAUGUUCAUAGUAAAAUGGACAAAUAUGGUAUUCCCUAUGACACCAUCUGGUUAGAUAUUGAGUAUACAGACGAGAAGAAAUAUUUUACUUGGAAAAGGGAAUUGUUCCCUGAUCCUAGUGGACUGCUUCAGGAGUUAGAUGAAACUAAAAGAUCAUUAGUGGCCAUCAUCGAUCCCCAUAUCAAGGUGGGAUAUGAGGUAAGCGACUACUUGGAAUCAAAUGGGCUUGUUGUUAGAGAAAAAGACUUUGACACUCCUUAUCAUGGCCAUUGCUGGCCUGGCGAAUCUGUUUGGAUCGAUACUUUCAAUCCCAAUGCUCAGAGUUAUUGGGAUACACUGUUCUGUAAGGGUUCGGACUUUGCUGGAUCUUCUUCAAACCUGCACGUUUGGAACGAUAUGAAUGAGCCUUCAGUUUUUAAUGGCCCUGAAACUACCUUUCCUAAGGAUUUAGUUCAUUUUGGUAAGUGGGAACACCGGUCAAUUCAUAACUGGUACGGAAAAAGUUUUCAUGAGGCUACCUAUUAUGCGUUAAUUAAUAGAUCACCAAACCAUAGGCCAUUUGUUCUUACUAGGUCGUAUGCCCCUGGGUCACAAGCUACUGCAGCUAUGUGGACCGGAGAUAAUGCUGCUACUUGGGAAUACUUAAAAGUUGCACUGCCCAUGAUACUCUCUAAUGGAAUAGCAGGUAUGCCAUUUGCCGGUGCUGAUGUUGGAGGCUUUUUUGGAAACCCAUCCAAAGAAUUGUUAACCCGAUGGUAUCAAUCUGGCAUUUGGUAUCCAUUCUUCCGAGCUCAUGCCCAUAUAGACUCCCGAAGAAGGGAGCCUUGGAUAGCUGGUGAACCUUACACUACAAUCAUUAGAGAUACGGUGAGGUUAAGAUAUCAGUUGCUACCAGUUUUAUACACAGCAUUCUAUGAGUCGUCCAAGUUAGGUUAUCCUGUCCUGAGGCCAUUGUUUUAUGAAAUUCCAGAGAACCAGAAGCUUUACAAUAUCGAUGAUCAAUUUUUCGUUGGUAGCUCCGGUUUAAUGGUGAAACCGGUUACCGAAGAAGGUGCUACUACCGAUAGUAUUUAUCUGCCUGAUCCUCAAAUUUAUUACGAUUUCUUCAAACUCGGGACAACUCUGCAAGGUGAAGGAAUUCAUGAACUAGAAGUUGAUUUGACCACCAUUCCCGUUUUGGCGCGAGGUGGUUCUAUUAUCACUCAGAAGCUCAGGUAUAGAAGAUCGUCUCAGUUAAUGAAGCAUGAUCCGUACACGUUGAUGGUCUUUUUGGAUUCGGAAGGAACUGCCAAAGGCAAACUUUAUAUUGACGAUGGGACCAGCUUCAAUUACCGACUGGGUCAUUUCUUGGAAAUCAGUUUUCAGUAUUCUAACAACAUUCUGUCUUCAGAGCUCAAAACUAAUAUUGCUAGAAAGUUUCAGGAUUCAUUAGAUGACGUUUUGGUUGAGCGGGUAAUUAUUAUUGGGCUACCAGACGACUUUACUUCUGUGAAGGCAAAAGUCACCCAAGGUGAGAAAACGUGGAUAAGUAACUGGACGAAGGAGAAUGGGUAUCUAGUAGUCAAGAACCCCAGAGUUAGCAUUUCCCAGAGCUGGGAGAUUAAUAUAGAAGUAUGA